AUGGAUCAAUGGGGCCAGACCUAUCCUGACCAGGCCGGGUCUUCGAGGAGAUAUAACGGCAACCCCCCACCAUCUCAAGCGCAGCUGGCGCGCGACUACAACGGCAAUACACAAGCUCAAGCUCAAGCUCAAGCUCAACCUCCUGCUGGCUUCACCUACGAGCAGUACCAGGGUGGAAUCGGCGCACAUUCUCACUCAUCCACUACUUCUCCUGCGGCGACUCCACACAUGAGAGACGGAAACGGUGAUGUUGCGAUGCAAGAUGUCGGUGGCAUGAAGUACCCGAUGCGGCCCCUUCACCAACAACACCUUUCUGGCAGCCGAUUACCUUCACACCACUCGCCUCAAGAACCGUCUGCCGCUGCUCAAAGAUAUUCUCCCAUGGAGACGUUGUCCCCGAGUUCGCCAUAUGGUGCACCACAACAAGGCCAAAAUCAGUACGGGUCACGCCAAUCACCAACAAGACCUGGAAAUUACUCCUCUCCAAACUCGUAUUACGCCAAUCGCCAGCAGCCACAACAAUUACCUCCUAUUACACCCUACUCCUCGAACAAUGAUAGCUACCCCACCUCUGCUACCCAACAAUUGAAUGCUGUCUUUGGCAAUGAUCCAAAAUCUCCUCGGCGGCCGAUGCCGCCAGCUGCCACUGGCCCUCCAGGUCGAGGACCUGUACCUGAGUUCACAAAACUCCGUUCUGUGUCUGAUUUACAACCCAAGAUCAAUGCGCAGCCAGCUUUCCGUAGAGCAAACCCAGAAGGUGGAUUCAUAAGUCCACUACAAGCUCUCACGAGCCAUCUCCCGUCGACCUACCGUAUCUGCAAUCCCAGUUUCAAAUAUGAAUCUUCUCGAAAUCCUCGCCGAGUCCUCACGAAGCCGAGCAAGGGUGUGAAAAAUGAUGGAUUUGAUAACGAGGAUAGUGACUAUAUACUUUAUGUGAAUGACAUUCUCGGGUCGGAGGAGACUGGUCAUAAGAACCGGUACCUUAUUCUUGAUGUCCUUGGGCAGGGAACCUUCGGUCAAGUAGUCAAGUGCCAGAACUUGAAGACACAGGAAGUUGUUGCAGUGAAAGUUGUCAAGAACAGAACGGCAUAUUUCAAUCAGAGUAUGAUGGAAGUGUCAGUCCUGGACCUGCUAAACACGAAGCUUGAUAAGAACGACGACCAUCAUAUCCUUCGUCUGAAGGAUACAUUCAUCCAUAGACAACAUCUCUGCUUGGUAUUCGAGCUGCUGAGCGUCAACCUCUACGAAUUGAUCAAACAGAACCAGUUCAGAGGGUUGAGCACAACGCUUGUACGGGUCUUUGCACAACAGCUUCUCAACGGGCUCAGUCUGUUGAACAAAGCUCGUCUGAUUCAUUGCGAUCUCAAACCAGAGAACAUUUUACUGAAGAACCUGGAAAGCCCAAUCAUUAAGAUCAUUGACUUUGGCUCAGCAUGCGACGAGCGGCAGACUGUUUACACCUACAUUCAGUCUCGAUUCUACAGAUCGCCAGAGGUGCUUCUUGGCUUGCCAUACUCAUCGGCUAUUGAUAUGUGGUCAUUGGGUUGUAUCGUCGUCGAAUUGUUCCUCGGGCUGCCCCUUUUCCCUGGUUCUUCGGAAUACAACCAGGUAUCUCGCAUAGUCGAGAUGCUUGGCAAUCCACCCAAUUGGAUGCUCGAAAUGGGCAAGCAAUCAGGAGAGUUUUUCGAGAAGAGGCAUGAUGUUGAUGAUUAUGGACGGCGGACGUACCACUUGAAAAGCAUGGAGCAGUAUUCUCGCGAACAUGGGACUAAAGAGCAGCCAAGCAAGAAAUACUUCCAGGCCACGACAUUACCAGAGAUCAUUCGAUCGUAUGCUAUGCCUAGGAAAAAUAUGAAGCAGAGCGAGAUCGAUCGCGAAAUGAACAAUCGAGUUGCGUUCAUCGAUUUUGUACGGGGAUUGCUUAAUAUCAAUCCGCUGGAACGUUGGUCACCACAGCAAGCAAAACUGCAUCCUUUCAUAACGCAACAAAAGUACACAGGUCCAUUCGUCCCGCCUAUGAAUCUCAAGUCUAGCUCAAUCAACCGAUCACCUGCACCGGGUACCCAACAACAGCAACAGGCCGAGGCGCUGAGCAAACAAAGAGCUCAGGCCGCUCAAGCACAGGUACAGGCCCAAGCCCAUACCACCCCAGUCCACCCAGCACAGACUCCUUAUUCGACUGGUGUACCUAUUGGCCAGUACCCACAAGCCAGUCCGGCCCAGCAGCCUCCAAUGUAUUCAAACACAAAUAUGUACUCGCCAAACACCACCAUGCAGGGGCCGCCGCCACCAUAUCCAGCCCAGCAGCAGCAACAACAACAGCAGCAGCAGCAGGCCGGUCCUUACAACCAGAUGGGAAUGAUGUCACAAGGUCCUCCACAAAUGGCCCCUGCUCAAUACACACAAGGUCCGCCACAACAUCAGCAACAACAGAGUCAACAGAGUCUCUAUGCACAACAAGCUGCCGUGAGGUCAGGUCGUCAAAGAGCUUCCACAAUGGAGGUGCAGCAAGGUGGCAUACCAGUUGCAAUCCAGAGAGUGGCUAGUCAUCUUGAUCCAAAUCAACCCAUUCGACUUCAACCCAGCCCUGCAUACUACCCCCCACCGCCUGAAGGUGCGGCGGGCAGUGAGAAUCCAGGAAGUGCAAGGAGACGAGGGAGUAGGGCUGCCCAGCCCGGACAACCAGGACAAAGGAGCAACCGGGACUUCAUUCGGAACUUGGAGGAUCGUACACUUGAGGAGGGCUUCAUGGGACAAGCCCAAUGGCAUUGA